AUGGAACUAAGUAAGGAAACAGGUGAAACUAUGGAAGUAGAAGAGCCAUCCAUUGUUAAUAAUAAUCAUAUUAAUAAAAAGAAACUGUCUAAAUCAAGUAUAUCAUCACCAGAACCUAAUGAUGUUAAGAACGAUUUGAGUAAUAAGAGGCAUAAGAAAUACAAUUUACGUAGUGAUGAAUUACAAUCUUUGGAAUCACAAGUUCCCGCUACUUUAGAACUUACUACUCCAAAAAUCAACCUUACCACUUCUAACAAUAGAAUACGCCAUGCUUCGAAUAAAAAACCAAAUGUUAAUAUCUGUGAUGAUAUUUAUAAACUGCCAUUUGAGUAUGGAUGGAAACGAGAAUUAGUGUACAGAAAAUCUACUAUUCUUAAUAGAAGUGGAAGUAGACGUGGUGAUGUAUACUAUCAUUCUCCAACUAACCAAAAACUUAGAUCAUUACGAGAAAUUCAGGAACAAUUGGACAUCUCAGCUGAUAAAAAUCUGACCAUAGAAAGUUUUACAUUUUUAAAACAACCAAUUGGCAUUAAUGAUCGAUCUAAAGAAAUUAUCAGAGAUGCAAAUUCAAAAUUAUCUAAAAAAGAAUCUUUUGUUGGUGUUGUGGUUAGACCUAAAAGAUCUGAGACACCUGUACACCGGCCAAAAUUUGAUUAUGAAUUGUCAGAUGAUGAAAACAACAAGUCUUUAAGUAAAAUGAAAAUAGUUCUUACUAAAGAAGGUAUUUCAGAAUCAAUGAAUACAUCUUCAUCUUCACCUGAAUACAUAUCUGAAAACGGCCAAGCUCUUCAAUCUAGUGCAUCACUAACCGUUUCUUCUACAAAACUUGAGGAAAUUGAUAUAAAUAACACACUAAUUAAAAGACGGAAUACUGAAAUGAAUGGUUCUUUAAAUGAAUUUGUAAAAAUGCAAUCAUUAAAUUACAUGGUUAAAGCAUUGGGACAUGUUUUUAAAUAUUUGAAAACACAUGAGCUGUUAUCAGCUUCUAGAGUAUGUAACACCUGGCAUUUAAUUGCAAUGAACAAAUACUUAUGGCAGAAUGUUCGUUUAAACAAUUCUAUGGUCUAUGACUGGGAUAGGUUUGUAGACUCAAUUAAUCAACAAAGAACUGAUAAAUUAGACACUAGAGGUAUGUUGAUACCCUCUAAAGUUGAAGACUUCGAAAGUUUUUGGAUACGAUUUGCAUAUGCAAUGAAAUCUGCUCAAAAGUUAAAAUUCAUUGAAUUGUAUAGAUGUCCUGUCCUUGUAGUUGAAGAUAUUAUUUACUCAUUACCUCAAAUUGAAGUACUUAAAGCGACUUCAAUAAUAAAUCCAAAUUUGACGAAUCAGACAAACAAUCUCAAUGAUUUAAUGUACCUAAACUUAAAUUAUUUGGGACAAAUGAAAAAGCUCACAGAGUUAAGACUAAAAGGUUUAACUGGAAUAAAAUUGACGGCAUUGCCAUCAUUUGAAAAUUUAAUAAAUUUGAAUACAUUUUCGUUAACCUCUAUUAAAGAAUUUCCAAAAGAGAACUAUCAGAGUUUGAAUACUAUUACUGAUAAUAUUGAGUUUUUUGAAAUUGGUGAUUGCGAAUGCUUAACAAAGGAUUUUGCCAUGUCACUAAAAAGAUUUGUCAAUUUGAAAACAUUGAGAUUAGAAAAUUGCUGUAAUGGAUGGGAUCAAUCUGCACAUGAUGUUUUUACUGUCAUUAGAGGUCUUGAAAAGCUCAAUGUUCUGGAAUUGGUAAACAUAGAAUUCUGUAAUUGUGUCGAAGAUGAAUUGGAAAAAUGUGAUGGUAUUAAAGGUUUACUGAUUAUUCCUGCUUAUGUGAACGGAGUAUGCCCAAUUGCUAUCCGUAACAGUCAAUCAGAAUGUCUCAAAAAACUGUCCAAGACAUUAACACACUUCGUUUGGGGAUUGACUCAUGAGUUAAUCCUUGAUACAGACUUAUUUCUAACUCAAUCUCAACAGAACCCACAUAAUAAUGGUUAUAAUUUAGAAUUAUCCCAUGCCAAAGGAACGACCAACAAUAUACCUAUACGCAGAACAAGAAAGCCCCUACAGCGACCAGGAGAUGAGGCUACUCCUGAAAAAGAAAAAGACAAGUCAGUUAUUGUUGAUAUAUAUACAGUUCGUGCUCUAGAGGAAUCGUUAGAUACUAUGAUGCCUGAUGUUAAGAUUAAGGUAAUUCAAGUUCCCUUUUCUGGAACAGGUAGCGCUUAUUUGAGUGAACAGUUUAACGAUCUUUAA